AUAUCCGAUCAUAGGAUUUAUCGGAAUAAAUCUGAUGAGUGAUUCGUUUCUUAAUCAACCAAUGGAAAUGCUCGUGCUCUCCAUUCUUUAUUAGCAUAACGCUGUGAGCGCUGCCUAUUUAAACCUCGCUCCGAGCGCUGUUUGUUCAUUUCACCGCUUGCAUCCGAGUGAAGAAAUGCCCGAGGCGCAGAAAUCCGCUCCCAAGAAGGGCGCCAAGAAAGCUUUGCCCAAACCAUCGGGCAAGUCCGGCAAGAAACGCAGGAGGGUGAGGAAGGAGAGUUACUCCAUCUACAUCUACAAAGUGAUGAAGCAGGUUCACCCCGACACCGGCAUCUCCUCCAAGGCCAUGAGCAUCAUGAACUCGUUCGUCAGCGAUAUCUUCGAGCGCAUCGCGGGCGAGGCUUCCCGGCUGGCUCAUUAUAACAAGCGAUCGACCAUCAGCUCCCGGGAGAUCCAGACCGCCGUGCGCCUGCUGCUCCCCGGGGAGCUGGCCAAGCACGCCGUGUCGGAAGGGACAAAGGCGGUGACCAAGUACACCAGCUCCAAGUGAAGAGUGCGGACAGAACAAAGCGGAAACCCAACGGCUCUUUUAAGAGCCACUCACAGAUUCACUGAAAGAGUUACUCCUCCCGUAAACACGGAAGCAUAACUCCUUCCUUCGCCUCUCUGCUUACAAAUUACAAAUUGUACCUCACACAUUUCCAACAACGAUUGCGAAAAAAAAUGUUACAAGUAAUUGCAAAUAACCACUGACAAAACAGGAAACUCAGUCACUAAAAGUUAUACUUUGCCAUUGAAUGAAGUACCGAAGUUCAAUGAGCUAAUUCAAAUUCUGUUCACGUUAAUCGGCCGACUGCCGAGAUUUUUGUUGCAUCCUUUCUAUCGAGCGCACGGAACCAUCGCCCCCUCUU